AUGAUCUCCACCUCUCAAAUUUGCCUUGUUGUGGCCGCUCUGCUCCUUAGCAUGGUCCAACCCAGCAGCCAGGGCCCACUCUCUCGUAGGGAGACCAUCACGUCGUCUUCAUCUUCAGCAGGCGCUUCUUUUGCCAGUACCGAUUCCAACGGGAACACUGUUUCGGCGUGCCAGGUAUCUCUUAACGGUGUUACCGUCCCAUGCAUGGACCAAGCGGCGUUGGCCAACGUUCCUGCGGUGAUCACCAAUGUUUCCCCAUUGCCAUGA